AUGCAAAUGCUGCUCAAGGAGCUGGGCUUAGUGAAUCUCGCCAGCUGUGUCUUGGGGCAGGAUGUGUCCCACAGGCUCCAUCAGCAUAUACUCUGGGGCUGCAGCACCUCAUACUUGCUAUGGGAGCUCAUAGUUGGAUGUCCCACAGUAACCACCCUCUCCAUCCCCUUCACAGCCCAAGCCAAGGGGCCAGCCCCCAGCCCUGAGCCCUCUGAGCCUCCUGGUGCUGCGAUGCUGCCCGUGAGCUACCGCCUAUCCAACACCCGCCUGGCCUUCUUCCUCAAGGAGGUGGGGGCCAGCCCCCCGGCCAACAGCAGCACCCCUCUGCAACGAUCCGAGCCCUUCGUCGUCUUCCAGACCAAGGAGCUGCCCGUGCUCAAUGUCACCCUGGGACCCUUUAGCACAGGGUUGGUGCUGCCCAAGGAGCACCUGCAGCCUUCCAGCACCCUGGAAGUCCCCAACCGCCUCACAGUCAACUGGAAGGUGCGCGCCUUCAUCAUCCAACCCCGGUUGGUGGCCAACCAGCCCGUGGUCCAAGUGCUCUUCUACGUGGCCGGUCGGGAUUGGGAUGAUUUUGACGUCACCGAUCGGUUGCCCUGCGUCAGGCUUCAUGCCUUCCGCGAUGCCCGCGAGAUCAAGAGUUCGUGCCGGCUGCGGGGCAGCCUGGCCACCUGCCUGGUGCAGGCUGAGCUGCCUCACGCCUGGUUCCGACCCGCCGCUGUGCCGCUGGGACGCAGGAAGGGCCCUGAUGGCAUGGAGGUGCCAGGUGAGAGCCAACAGGUCGAGCUCUACUACACUCUUCACGCCCCCGAUGGGGCCGGACAGUGCCUUGGGGACACAUCGGCAUCAUCCCCUCGUCGAGGGAGUGGAGGGGCAAGGACUGAGGGUCCCACGCAGCACCCACUGUUGCGUAUCGGGAGUGUCAGCCUCCUGCAGCCUCCCCCUGCACAGCCCAUGCAGGAGCAUCGGUUGGAUGGCAAUGUCUUCAUCCGCCUUCCUGACCGGCCUCUGAAGCCGGGUGAGGUGCUGAGCAUCCUGCUCUACCUGAUGUCCAACUCCACGGUGGAGCACUUCACCCUCAGGGUGAAGGCCAAGAAAGGUGUCAACCUGCUCAGCACCAAGUCGAGGAGCGGGCAGUGGCUGGUGAGCUCGGAGCUGCUGACAGGUGGCAAACACUCCACAGCCACCGUUGACGUGGCCAAGGUGGAGGGCACCAGGCCCAGGGAUGGAGAAUCCUCCUCUGAGAUCAUGCAGCUGGAUUUCGAGAUGGAGAACUUCACCAGCCAGUCGGUGACACGCCGCAUCAUGUGGCACAUCGACUACCGGGGCCGUAACCCCCCUCCUGACCUGGAGAAGGUGGUGACAGAGCUGACGGUCAUCCAGAGGGACAUCCGGGCCAUUGUGCCCCUGGCCAUGGACACGGAAAUCAUCAACACAGCCAUCCUGACGGGCCGAACAGUGGCCAUUCCUGUGAAGGUCAUUGCAAUUGAGUUGAGUGGUGUUAUCGUGGACGUCUCAGCCAUGGUGGAGUGCAAAUCCAACAAUGAAGACAUCAUCAAGGUCUCCAGCAGCUGUGACUACGUCUUUGUCAGUGGGAAGGAAUCGCGGGGCUCCAUGAGUGCCCGGGUCACCUUCACCUACGAGCACCUCUCUGCCCCGCUGGAGAUGACGGUGUGGGUGCCCAAACUGCCGCUGCACAUCGAGCUCUCAGACUCACGGCUGAGCCAAGUGAAGGGCUGGAGGGUGCCCAUCCUGCCAGACAGGAGGUCAGUGCGGGACAGCGAGCACGAGGAGGAUGAAGAGGAGCGGAAGCAGAGCCGGGGCUGUGCCCUGCAGUACCAGCAUGCCACACUGCAGGUCUUCACCCAGUUCCACACCACGGCGGCAGAGGGCACGGGGCAGGUGGUCACCAUGCUGGGACCCGACUGGCUGGUGGAGGUUACAGACCUGGUCAGUGACUUCAUGCGCGUGGAUGACCCGCGGGUGGCUCACCUGGUGGACAGCUUCACACUGGCUGGCAGAGAGCCGGGCACCACGCUCUUUAAGGUCGUGUCCCCGCUCAUGGAGGCGGUGUUGGGUGAGACACUGGUGACGGUGGCGGAGGAGAAGGUCAGCAUCACGGACCUGAAGGCCCAGGUGGUCUCCAGCCUCUCACUGUCCCUCCACCCCAGCCCUGGAAAUAGCCACACCAUCAUUGCUCGCACAGCUGCCCAGCAGACCCUCAGCUUUCUCAAGCAGGAAGCGCUCCUGAGCCUGUGGAUUUCCUACAGCGACGGCACCACAGCCCCUCUUUCCCUCUACGACCCCAAGGACUACCACCUGGUGGUGAGCAGCCUGGAUGAGAAGGUGGUGACGGUGACUCAAGACCGAGCCUUCCCCUUGGUGGUGGCGGAGAGCGAAGGUGUGGGGGAAUUGCUGCGGGCUGAGCUGGUCAUCUGCGAGAGCUGCCAGAAAACCAAGCGUAAGAGCGUGCUCUUCACAGCCCUGGCCAGUGUGCGGGUCCAUUUUGGCUCCGAGGAGGACCCGACCUAUGACUAUGACCACGUUCCCAGCAGACCAGGGCUGGAGACGGGGUCGAGCACCACUCUGCGGGCAGAGGUGGAGAGAAAAGCGGAGCCAAGCGAGGACAGUAGGAUGCCCAGUGCGUCUCACCCCACAGAGGACUUCCCCACCAUCCCCACUGGCUUUGUCCAAGUGACCCGAGGGCUGACGGACCUGGAGAUAGGCAUGUACGCCCUUCUGGGUGUCUUCUGUCUGGCCAUCUUGGUCUUCCUCAUCAACUGCAUUGUCUUUGUGUUGAAAUACCGGCACAAACGCAUCCCACCUGAAGGUCAGACCAACAUGGACCACUCCCACCACUGGGUCUUCCUGGGCAAUGGGCAGCCCUUGCGGGCUCACAAUGACCUCUCCCCACAGCCUGAGAGCCCCGGGAACCCCCUGGAAAAUGUGCAGACCUGCUGCCAUGCGGACCACCAUAGCAGUGGGAGCUCACAGACCAGUGUGCAAAGCCAGGUCCAUGGUCGUGGGGACGGUUCCUCGGGGGGUUCCACACGGGAUCAGAGUGAGGACCCCCUCAACUCGCCCACUUCCAAACGGAAGCGGGUGAAGUUCACCACCUUCGCCACACUGCCCACUGAUGAGCUGGCUUACAACUCCAUCCCCAUCGCCGAUGAGGAGGACUUGGAGUGGGUCUGCCAGGACAUGGGGCUGCAAGACCCCGAAGAGCUUCACAACUACAUCCGCAGAAUCAAAGAGAUCGCUUAACGCAGGGGCAGAGGGGAUGGGGUGGGAGGGAGGGGGCUGCCACGCCGUGCCACGCCACGCCACGCCACGCCACACUGGCUGCUUCCUGGGGCCUGAGACCCACGUUGGGCUCUCUCGCAGGUUCCCUUUUGCACAU